CGUUCCCUUCUGGAGGCCUAUCCAUCCUUCUUCUCAUUCGGUGCCUUCAGUCGAGUCGGCCCAACGCGGGAACAGUUGAGAGACACGUCCUUCCGAACCAUUAUUGUGGGUAAGGGUUGGGCCGAUAAGAUGGCCGAACCCACUGAUGAGCCCCAGGAGGCGCCCAACAAGACUGUUGUUGUUAAGGUGAGCGGCAAAGACCCGGGCUAUACGGCCACCAGUACUUGUCUGGUUCAGGCCGGCAUCACUUUGAUCAAGGAGUUCAACAAAUUGCCCGAUAAGGGCGGUGUCUUUACACCGGGAGCUCUAUUUGAUGGCACCGGUAUUUUUGAGCGCCUUAAGGCUCACGAAGUUUUCUUUGAAGUGGUCAACCAGUAAUGGGACUGU